UAUUCUUGGUCCCCUUCCCAGAUUUAGCACCCUCUAUAUAUAUCCGACCAAUAAUCUACACCUUACCACAUCAAUUCAUUGCACUAAUUAAACUUUUUAAUUAUUGCAAGCUAAGUUCCGACUCAUCUUCAAAAGCUGAGAAAAUGGCUCAACUCCAGAAGUACGGACCAUAUGGUAAUAAGGAGGCCGAAGAAAACUUUUCCAUUCAACUUGAAGAUGAUCAAGAGAUAAGAGAAAUAAUAAUAAGGCAUGGAUUGAUUGUGGAUGCAAUUGGGUUCACCAUUACUGGUCAAGGAACCAGCAUAUAUGGCGGCAAAGGCGGAAAUGAAUCCAAGGUUGUGCUCAAAUUAGGUGAAUUCGUAACUGGAAUCAGUGGACAAUCUGGAGAUACGAAUAAGAUAUCCAAAUUGAGGAUCCAUACUAGUUUGAAUAAGCGUGGAUAUGGUCCAUUUGGCUUCAAACAAUUAACCAAAAGUGUAUGCAACUUUUCAUCUCCAAUUGAAAAAGGCAGCAAUCUUGUUGGGUUCUUUGGAAGUGCACUUGAUUGCAAUCUUGUUUCCCUUGGAGUCUAUGUUGAAAAGGAGAGUCAGAGUGUGAAGAAUUACGGGCCUUACGGCCAUCAAACUGGCCAACCAUGGACUAUAAUGCUUGAACCAACUGAGAAUUUAAGAGAAAUAAUCAUAAACACUGGCGCAGUUGUUGAUUCUAUCACAUUCAUCACUACAAACAAUCAACGGAAGUUUGGCGGCGAUGGUGGAAAUGCUGAACACAAGAUUAAACUCAAAUAUGACGAGUAUAUAACAAAUAUAAGUGGUUCAAUUGGAAAAUGGCACCAAAAUGUUGACGUGACCAAGUUAAUGAUACAUACUAAUUUUAAUCAAGACGGUUAUGGACCUUAUGGAGGAGGUCCGCACACGGCGUAUUUGUCUAAUUUUCGCUCACAAGUACCAUCAGCUGGUCGUGUUGUUGGAUUUUUUGGAACACUGCACAACAACUAUGUUCAGUCCAUUGGGCUCUAUGUGAACGAGUAAUUGAUCAGGAUUGCUAAUGCUCUUAACGUACUUCUUGUGUAUGGAUGACGUUCAAGUCUUUGGCUACCUUAAUUUUCAUCAUCUCAUGUAACUUGUCUAAUUAAUAUGGUUAUGUGCGCGCCUUGGAACGUAUUUUGUUUCUAAUUAAUAAUAAGACACGUAUCGUCACUCGUUAGUAUCUUGUACGGAGUAUACUACAAAGUGGCCUCUCCCCUGAAGAAUGGUUUCUAAUCUUCUUUCAUAUAUCAUUGGUGAUUACACUGUAAUAAAGUAGCCUUUUAUGUAAGCAAUGUGGGAGUAUUCUCACAAAGGCAUUAUUCACUGUUUUGCUAUAUAUAUAUAUAUAUAUUAUUCCUUAUAUAACAGUA